AUGGGUAUCAGAGAUUUGAGUUAUAGGGACUCAAUAAACGCUCAAGAAAUGAAGUUAAAAUUCUUUGAUUCAUUUACAACCGCAUUUCUUUCUCCCUUCUCCCAACCGCACAACGAAUUGAAGAAAUUCAAAACUCUAAUUCUAAAUCCAACGAAAUCGUCACCUCCAACUCCAGCACCAUGUUCUACGCCACCUUCGUUAUUCCAAUACUCGUAUGAUCCUUCACAGCUCCAAUUGCUUUCCGAAUCGUUCUCGAAGCCAUACUUUAAGAGUCUUUCUCCGAUCUUCAACUUUCAAUUGAUUCAGUAUGUGAAUGAGUUGACAAAAAAGGGAAAAGAGUCAUCUUAUUUGACAAACAAAAUUUGUAUGUUUGAGUUCCUGGAUAUUGGAAAGAGUAUUGUGGAUAUGUGUGCAUCUGAAGAUGCAUAUCUACGUUUAGCAGCUCAAAAGAUGAAGAAGAUGUAUGAUAAGUAUUAG